AUGCCACGCGUUCGCUCUCUAAGGACACAGGCCCUCUCACCCAAGCGCGAUAUGUCCCCAGGACCUCCUUCACCAACUUUCACCGAGACUACCAACGCUUCUGUCCUCAACUUCGGCCCCAAUGGCCCAGAGAAGAUCGUCACUCGCGCAAACCUCAAGGCCAGUAUACAGGCUUAUGAAGGACUACUGAACAGUUGCGCGAAUUAUCGCUCGGUACUGUUGACUAUGUCAAGGGCUGCUGCUCAAUUCGCGGAUAGUAUGGAGGCAUGCGCGGGGCUCAAAGGACCAAAUUACGAGUCUGGGACUAGGUUACAAGCGGCUGCAGGUCUUCACCAUCUGAUGAGCAAUCAUUUCCAUGUUAUGGCCGAAACCCUGGAUAAGCAAUUCGAGAAGCCACUGCGACAGCAUCUCGAGGACUAUCGCCGUGUAGUCACGGAACGCUCGAACGCCUACGAGAAGGCGCUGCGCGAGAAGAGCAGGAUUAUUCGCCAGACAGAAAUGGGUAACCUGAAACAGAAGGGCAGAAACUUGCAAAGCUUCCGCGAAGCAUUGGCCAUCUUGCAACGACAGGUUGAUGAACUGGACGAGCUCAAAGCCUCGCAUUACCAAGAAAUCGUAGAGCACGAAGAGGAAGUAUGGGACUUCGUUCAAGGGAAGGUCUGUCUGGUCGUCCGUUCUACCCUGGACGUUUUCGACCGCUUCACCUCCAAAGCCUCCGACCCUAUCAUCGAACCCAUGCUGCAAACGAUACCCGACCCCUUCGAUUCCUACGGCCCGCCCCCAGCCGAGGACCAAAUCUUCACUAUCCUCCCCCCACUCUCCGUCAUCGCCAACGUACCGUCCUCCUCCCCCAGCCCCCUCACGACCACCCCCGAGCUCGAGAGCAGCGACGGCCUCUCGUCCGGCAAGAACUCCUGGUCCCACUCCGGCGGCUUCUUCCCCGAUACUGCGGCCGCGUGGGCUGACGUACCCUCCAGCUCCUCUCCCCAAUCCGGCUCGGCGCCAGGCUCAGGCGCGACAUCCCCCGCGAGGUCCGUCUCUCCCCCCGCUGUCGUGUCACUGCCCAAGUUGUCCUCGCCCACGUCGGGAGUCAGCAGGCGGCACUCGAACCCCGUCCCUGGCUUCGUGCACCACCCGCGCAAGUCCGAGUCGAAGCUACGCAGCGUUUUGUCCGUGUUGGACGAGGGCGGCGCGUCGCUUACAAGGCAGAACGGGAGUGAGGGCGCGGAUGGCGCGCACACGCGGAGUAUGUCUGUAGACUCUGGCGCGAGCGUGGGCGCAUCAUCGGGGAACGGCAAGGCGCCAGACUUGGGUGGGGUAGGCUCGGACGUAUGGGGGCGCGUCUCGAACUCGUCGAGAGACGAGAGCGAGGAGGGCGACUCGACACCGAGAAACACCCUCCGCGCUAGGACACAACCACCUCCACUGCCGUCGUUCGAGGAUCACUUAUCCGGCGAGCGGAGUCGUAGCCCGAAUUCGGACGAUACGGCAAUUCCUUCGCCUUCGUAG